AAAAAUACAUAUUUCAUAUUGAGCUGAUUAUUUUUAGAUGCCACGAAUUAAAUAGAAGGCCAGAAAAAUUAGCGGAGAGGCUCUCAAGAGAAACAGAUCAGAUCCUCCUUCCAAGCUCUUCAUAAAGAUAUCUAUUUGAUGUGGUUGAUUUGCUGGAUUUUUAUGUGAAUCAGUGUUGUGAGCUAGAAAGAGAAGAAGAGAGAUGGGGCUGACAUUUACAAAGCUCUUUAGCCGGCUUUUUGCCAAGAAGGAGAUGCGUAUUUUGAUGGUGGGUCUUGAUGCAGCUGGUAAAACCACCAUCUUGUACAAGCUCAAGCUCGGUGAAAUCGUCACCACAAUCCCAACCAUUGGAUUCAAUGUUGAAACUGUGGAAUACAAGAAUAUCAGCUUCACUGUUUGGGAUGUUGGUGGUCAGGACAAGAUCCGUCCUUUGUGGAGGCAUUAUUUUCAGAACACUCAGGGUCUCAUUUUUGUGGUGGAUAGCAAUGACAGGGACCGUGUUGUUGAGGCAAGGGAUGAGUUGCACAGGAUGUUGAAUGAGGAUGAAUUGAGAGAUGCUGUUUUGCUUGUAUUUGCUAACAAACAAGAUCUUCCCAAUGCAAUGAAUGCUGCUGAAAUAACUGAUAAGCUUGGUCUUCAUUCUCUCCGCCAGCGCCACUGGUAUAUCCAGAGCACAUGUGCAACUUCUGGAGAAGGCCUUUAUGAGGGGCUUGAUUGGCUCUCCAACAACAUUGCUAGCAAGGCAUGAGGAUUGAUGUUUUGGUUGUUCGUUGGAAUUCUGGUAGCUCCGGAGAGGAUAGCCUCCUCCUUGUCCAGGAACCUUUGUAAUGACAAUGUGUAUUAGAUGUAAUAGGCUCUUUGCUUAACCUCUGCGCCAGCGAAUACUUGUAGUUGCAAACGACACUUAAUUUACACCAGCCUUUUGGAAAUGCGAUUUCUUGCUUAUUACUGUUUGGCUUUUUAUUUCUUUGUUAAUCUGAUACAGUAUCUGAUUUUCUAUU